UGUGUUUCCUAACUCUCAGGUUCUCCUUCCUGAUGAUCGGCGUCGCCUGGACGCUGUCCAUCCUCAUCUCCUUCAUCCCGGUGCAGCUCAGCUGGCACCGCGCCAACACGGACUACUCCACCACGGACGACUGCACCGCCCGCCUGAACCGCACCUACGCCAUCUCCUCGUCCCUCAUCAGCUUCUACAUCCCCGUGGUGAUAAUGGUGGGGACGUACACGCGGAUUUUCCGCAUCGCGCAAACCCAAAUCCGACGGAUCUCGUCUCUGGAGCGGGCCGCGGGGUCGCAUGUUCAAACCCGCCGUCACUGCGCGUCAACGCACGACGAAAGCUCGCUGAAAACUUCCUUUAAGAGAGAGACCAAAGUCUUGAAGACGCUGUCCAUCAUCAUGGGGGUCUUUGUGUUCUGCUGGCUGCCGUUCUUCGUGCUGAACUGCGUGGUGCCGUUCUGCGGCCCGGACCCCCUCGGAGGGCCGCCGUGCGUCAGCGACAACACCUUCAGCGUCUUCGUGUGGUUCGGAUGGGCCAACUCAUCGCUGAACCCCGUCAUUUACGCCUUCAACACCGACUUUAGGAAGGCCUUCUCCACCCUGCUGGGCUGCAACAGGUACUGCUCCAGCUCCACGGUGGAGGCGGUGGACUUCAGCAACGAGCUGGUGUCUUAUCAUCACGACACCACCAUGCAGAAGGAAGCCUGCCCGGUGCCGGGCCCCGGCGUCCAACGCCUCCCGCCCCCGCCUCACACAGAUGGAGGUCCAGGGCAGAACAGCGACCGAGUUUCUGUCAUUUCGGACGAUUCCCGCGACCACAGCAACUUGCUGCUGCCUGCGAUUCUGCAGUACGAGUGCGAGGCAGAGAUUUCUUUAGACAUGUUACCCUUCAACUCCUCCGGACCCGCGGACUCUUUUAAUAUUCCGGGUCAGGUCCAGGACCUGUGAGCGACCCAGAACCACAAAAACUCAACAUCUCCUGCAUGAUGCAGA